GAUAUUUGGGCCUUGGGCAGCAAACCGCUGCCUCUUUUUAUUUUGUUCUUUAAUAGCAACAUUAUUGUAGUAAUCCUCUCCUGGCACACAGCAGCACUUGGAGGAUGCUGCGAUUUGUGGCACGGCGUUGUGCCCCACGUGGGUGCACGGCUGUUGUUCUGCCAGCAUGUUGGGCUCUGGGUGCAGCGCAGCCCCAUCCUUGGGUCACAGCCCUGCUGGGGAGCUUGGAGGAGAGCUCUGGCAUUGCUGCACUGCACCUCUGCGCAACGGCCGUAUUUCAGGCUGGCAGUUCCCCAUUGGGUUGCACAGGAGGGCGCAGCGCUGGCAGCCGAAGCGCGGCCGCUUUGGGGUGAAAUGUGGCACCAGAGACACACAGUCUGGGACAGCAGCGCUCUGUGUGGGGCCGAGGGGGAGGAAGGAGCUGCCUGGAGGUGGAGGGCAGGGGCUGGAGCUCCCCGCCGUGGUUCUGGUCUUGCCCAUGGGGCGCUCGUUGGUCACCGCUCCGUCACCUCUCCGUGUGUCACCCAACGCUGUCGGGCCCUGAGCACCGCCUCACUGUGCCUCGUGCCCAGCACUGCCUUCAGCUGUGGUGGAUUUUGGUUGUGGAAAGGCGGAAGGUCCCACGUCACGUCACACAUCCUCGGGUCAGCGUCCUCAGAAAGGAGCAGGGUGGAGUUUAUAGUGCUGCCGGGGGAGGGGGGGGGGGGCUCCAGCCAGGCUGGCUGCGUUGCCCCCUCCCCAUCUCAGCCAUCGCAUCGCUCCGGCCGCAGGCGGGCACACAAAGGCUGUGUUGUGUGAGCAGAAUGAGCAGCGAUUUCCCCUGCCAGCCCUGGGCGGUCGCGUGACCCCACAGCCGUUCCCACACCGUCCGCCCGCUCCUCCCAACCCCCUGCCCAGCACGGGGGUCACCUCCCCAGCACAGCCCCCUGCCCCGCUCCCCUUGUGUCCCCACAGCUGGCCGCUGCCACCCCGAAGCCCAAAUUCUCCUUGGAGGUGGAGGGACCCCUCUGAAGCCUGCGGUCUGGAGGGGAAGGGGUACAGAAGCGCCAGGGGCUCCCAUUGCAGCUCAGAGCCCUGGUGGCUGAGGUUCGGGGUUCCACCUGGACGCCCUGUAGCUCUGGGGUCGGGGCACCUCUCCCCAAAGUGCCCUCAGCCCCUGGGUGGCUGUUCCCCCUCCAAACCGACGCCUCUCCUUCUGGAUAACCCGCAAAUCGCAGGCUGUGAGUUCGAAUCCCACUGCAGAAGCUCCUUUCUCCUUCGGAUCAAUAAAGUUCUUUAAAAACCACCUUGGUGAGGAGCUUCUCAGGACUCCUGCAGUGUGCGUGUUGGGCAGCGGGCUGGGGAGCAGCGCUGCACCCAUUUUACAGAGCCAGAGGGUGCGAGACGUUGGGUCGGCAGGGUCGGCUCCUGCUGUUGGGCUGCGUCGUGCCUCACCUUGGGGUGAUGGAGAGCAUCCCUUGGGGAGCAGCCUGCUGCUGGGCGUGCUCUGGGUUCUUCAGCCGCUGGAGGGGUCGGGUGCUGAAUGUGGGCACGGUUUAACGGGCAAACGGUGGUGGUUGGACUGAAUGAGCAUGGAUGAAUGACGAUGCUACGAUCCUACAAACGGAGCGGAUCCGUUUCCUCGGUGUUGGAGCACCUGUGAGUCAUUGCCUUUCUUCUCUCCGCAGCCUUUCGCAUCCACGAUGGCGGGCGGCGUGGACGGCCCCAUAGGGAUCCCAUUCCCCGAUCACAGCAGCGACAUCCUCAGCAGUCUGAACGAGCAGCGAAACAACGGGCUGCUGUGCGACGUGGUCAUCUUGGUGGAAGGCCAGGAGUUCCCCACCCACCGCUCCGUCCUGGCGGCCUGCAGCCAGUACUUUAAGAAGCUCUUCACCUCAGGGUUAGUGGUGGACCAGCAAAACGUGUAUGAGAUUGACUUUGUGAGCGCCGACGCCUUGUCGGCUCUGCUGGAGUUCGCCUACACCGCGACCCUUACAGUCAGCACUUCCAACGUCAACGACAUCCUCAACGCCGCCAAACUGCUGGAGAUCCCGGCGGUGAGGGAUGUUUGCACGGAUCUCCUGGACAGGAAGAUUCUGGCCAAAAAUGACCAGAUGGAUAUAGUAGAUCAAAUUGAUCAAAGGAACCAUCUCAGAGCAAAAGAGUACCUGGAGUUCUUCCAGAGCAACCCCGUCAACGGCCACCAAGGCAGCUUUCCGUGGACCAACCCGGAGUUGAGAGACCUUCAGAGACUCAACUUCCGAGGCCAAGAGGACGAGGAGGAGACGGACUGCAACGGCUUGGACUUCUAUUCGCAAGCCUCCCUCAACGAAAGACCAAAGGCGAAUGACUGUGAUCCCGACAGCAACUCGGCCAUGUGGCUGGACAGAGAGGAGGAGGAGGCGGCGGCCGCCCCUGGCUCCUUGUUCUCACCUUCUCAGAACGGACAUUACAGCGGCCGAAGCCUGGGCACGCCAGGAGAAGAGGAGGUGGCUCCCGGGGCCGCCCUGGACCAGCAGGACGCCGGCGACUCCCCCAGCUUCGUCCCCACCGGAGCGGAGACGGAGGAUGAUGGCAGGGAUGUGGACGGGUUGGCUGCCAGCGUGCUGCAGCAGGUGAUCAGCUCGGUGGGGAGGCAGCAGCUCGGGGACGACGAGCGCAAGGACGACGACGGAGUCGUGGAUUAUUACUUGAAAUACUUUGGCAGUUCGAACGAGAGCGACGUGUAUCCGUCCUGGUCCCAAAAGGUGGAGAAGAAGAUCAGGGCAAAAGCAUUCCAAAAGUGCCCCAUCUGUGCUAAAGUGAUCCAGGGGGCUGGCAAGCUGCCGCGCCACAUCCGCACCCACACCGGCGAGAAGCCCUACGAGUGCAACAUCUGCAACGUGCGCUUCACCAGGCAGGACAAGCUGAAGGUCCACAUGCGGAAACACACGGGGGAGAAGCCCUACUUGUGCCAGCAGUGCGGAGCCGCGUUCGCUCACAACUACGACUUGAAGAACCACAUGCGCGUGCACACCGGCCUGCGGCCCUACCAGUGCGACAGCUGCUUCAAGACUUUCGUCCGCUCUGACCACUUGCACAGGCACCUUAAAAAGGAUGGCUGCAACGGCAUCCCGUCCCGGAGGGGCCGACGGCCGCGGGUGAGAGAUGCCGGGGGGCUGCCCACCCCUACGGGGAACCCCGAGGAUGGAGGAUUUCAAGGAGGUGGGGAGAGUCAGGAAUCAGAGGACACCGUGCAGGGGAACGGCCAAGAGCAGCACUUUGAGGAUAGUUCGACUACCGAAGCGUCGGGAUUGAAUGUAGCAGGAGGGUCGGCCGAGGGCAGCGCGCCAGGACUCUCCUAAACCAAAAACAAAACAAAACAAAACAAAACCAAACCCAACCAACCGACAAACCACCACAAACAACAACAAGAGAGGUGUCACAAAAC